AUGGGUAUCCCGCUUGUUCGCCCCUUAUCAGGUCUUCGCUCCGUCGAUUCGGCUUCUGAACUCUUCUAUGAGGAUGCUGUCAAGGAAUCGUCCAAACCGGAAGAAUUUUCACUAAAGAAGCCCGCUGCCAAACCCUCCGUGCCUAGCAUUUCUUACUUUUACGCGUCUGGUUGUUUUCUGGCAGCUGGGAAAUGGUACUCGGAGAUUCUGGAGGAGGAUUCGUUGAAACUUGAGGACAUGCGACACAAAGUAAAGGAUUUUGCGUUGCCCGGAUCCUACCGUCACAUGCUGGUGAAGCCAGAGGACGUACAUUACACCAUUAAGGAGUACACUGACCCCCUGGCCCCGCUAAUCGACAACGAUUUAAAGUUGUUAUCCAGUUCACCACCGUCUCCGAGUCAAGCCACCCCUCCUGGCAAGUUUUAA